AUGUCUCUACCGCCCUCGUCGUUGGCUCGCGCGGUGCCUGCAAGCCAGAACACCGCUCCCGUCAUCAAGUUCCGAUGCCUGUAUACCCACGAUAUCAGACGCAAGGCCAAGCGCUGGCAAGAUGGAUACCUCAAGUUCCAUACCUUCAACAAACGCGCAAUGGUGUACGACGAUGCGGGCAAUUUUAUAGGCGAUCACCAUUGGCGGGAGAGUCAUGAUAUCCAGGACGGCGACGAGCUGGAACUCGACAAGGGCGUCCUAAUACAGGUUAGCGAGUGCAUGGAAACAACUCAGACGGAUAUAUCGGCACUAUUUGACAGGCGUAAAGCCAGCCAGGAGUCUCCACAACAGCACAAAACACCAGCGCCCCCGUCAGGAGUUUGUUCUUAUCCACGGCAGACCCCUCUGGCAAGGCCACCCAAAUCACUCAACGAUCUCCUGGGCAUCCAAAAGGGACCUAUUGGUCGGUCUGUCGCUCCGCAAUCUCCAUACGAACAAUGCCAUCGACCAACACAGAGGCAUGUUCAAGGAAAACAAGACGAGGAUGAGCGGCCCGCAAAACGACAAAAGCCAGCACCCGCAACGGAAAUCUUACAGCGUAAGAGUACAAAUGAACCACUGCGGAAGAGAACAGAAGUGAUUGACUUGGACGGUCCAAGCCUUCCCAAAGUAUCUCCGAGACCUGUUCCUGUCUCUGGUGUUAGAAGAGAAAUAGCGCAGUCAACGAAGCGCUCUAAUGUCUCACCGAAAAGCCCCCAAGAAUCACCUUCGGAACAGACGAGAGUUCGUAUCCCCAGGUCCGUGGCAAAAUCUCUCUCAAGCGUGCAGUCUCCAUUCGAGAAACAAUCAGAGCAGUCCAAAUCAACAAACAAUGGCGCACAGCUGCCCCUUAAUCCUCUGCGCAUGCGUAAUGAAAAACCGCGCCAAAAGCUCAUGUACAGGGCGCUUCUCCCUCCUAAAACCUCACGUGCUCUCGAUUCAGGAGAGGCGCAAACGAAGUCCAAUCAGACGGCCGAUGUUGAGUCGUUACGUGAUACCGAUUUUGACUUUUCUCUUUCGGCCUCAACCCUUGCCGUGCUCGAGGAGUUGAAUACCGAAGACUCAGAUUCCGCUAGACGAUCCUAUCAAUCACCGAAAUUAUCAACCUCGCAAAACACGCAAAAUAGACUGCUAAACCGAAUUCCGACCCACGCGGCAGUGUUUGGUUCUCUUGCUUCAUCCGCCGGCGUAGAAUUGGGAAAUCAGUUCAAUCCGCUGCCUUCAUCAUUAACAGAAAUGCAAGAACCCGAUGACCCUGAUGGCAUGCCUACCGUGGGUCGUGCAUCAGCGCCAGUAAUACGCAGUCACUCGGAUAUGUCUCGCAUGGUUACUGGAUCCUUGCCUAUCGAUACAACUACUCAGAGCAACGUGCGUGGACCGCCAGCAGCGGCGGCUUCGAUGACUGCCAUGAAAAGUAAUGAGCGCAAGCUAUUCCGCAAGUCCUAUUCUGACACAAACGCUUUGCGCAACCAAGAAAAUGGAAACAACGGCCUUUCUCGACCGCUGGCUACCCACGGCCCUCCGAGAGAGGAACGAUACAGAAAUACUACUGAUAAUGACACCGGCCCAUGGACCGCGGAGGCAUUCGAUUUCUUUGACUGGUGGCCACCAGGUCGCCCGAUACCUACGUAG